GGUGGCAUUGCGAUCACAGAUCGCCAUCUUGUGCACCACAUGACCUCGUUGCCGUGUCCCGUGACCAGCUCACGUGAAUUUUGACAAAUUCAAACGUUUUCGGUAGAAAAGAAAUGGAUAUAUUGGAGCAGCACCUCGAACAACAGGAUGUCAGCACUGUUAACGCGAAGGAUGACGGCGGCACGGGAAUUGUUAUCGAAGAAGCGGAAAUCGUUGACUGCGAAGGGGAAAAUGUUGGAGAAGAUGGACUGCGGUAUCAAGAAGCUCUUGCAUAUAGAGUAGUCCAAGUAAAUGGCUCUACUGCUGGUAAUGAAAUAGAAUUGCCAGUUACCCAACCAGGAAAUAAUACUGUACAGGUCUUAACAUCCCCGUUAAAUGGCCAGUUUUAUGUUAUCGGAAAUGCUAAUGAUGUUUUCACCACUGCGCAAACUUCUAGAUCUCUGGUUCCUAGAACCACCACUUUACAAAUAGAAACACCAAGAAAUUGUACUACAGGAUUGAAGAAGAGAGACGACAGACGGAGGGCGACCCAUAAUGAAGUUGAACGCAGACGAAGAGAUAAAAUAAAUAAUUGGAUUGCAAAGUUGGGAAAAAUCAUCCCUGAGUGCAAUGCUACAUCGGCCACUAAUGGAAGCGGUAGCAGUGGUGAAGGGAAAGCAAAUUAUGAAACUCAGAGCAAAGGAGGAAUUUUGGCGAAAGCGUGCGAAUAUAUAGGAGAAUUGCGAGCGGCUAACCAAGGACUGGGCCAGUGUUUGCGAGACAAUGAAAAAUUACGACAAGAAAUAUCCUCUUUGAAGCAACUUGUUGCACAGUUGAAACGUGAGAAUCUUCAACUCAGGACACAAAUAACAUCUACCACAGGAAAUAACGUUGAUGUUAUUCAUCUGAGUCCUUAAAGAAUUGUUAGUUUACGACACAGUGCUUCUUUUUGUAAAUAUUAGAAAACGUAAGCUGACCGACCGGCUAGACGAAGUAUUUACUCUUAUAUUUUUUGUUUUCAUGCGAGCCACAUCAAAUUUCGUCGUAUUGGAAUUACAUUCUUCAAGGUGUAUAACAAAUGGUCCUAAUGGUAUGGUCAUAACUGCAUUUUCAACGAUUGCAUCCAUAUAUAUUUUUAUGUCUAUCAAGUAUUUAACGAUCCAAAAAAAGAAUAGCAUAAUCAAUUUUGUGCCUAAAAUAUCAUUCUAUAAUUCUUGCAAUAAGUUUUAAACAUCUGUUGUAAAUAAUAUUGAUCUUUUCCUCUUACGAAAAGAUCGAUCGCAGAGCUCCGAAUUUUACAUUCUUAAUGCUACAUUUGUACGAUUGAUCGAUAUAUCUUAAGUGCAAUUUUAUACUUCGCUAUCGUAGUGAUCGAAAAAGUAUGAAGUCGAUAUUAUUGAAGUUACGACUAUUCCUCGUAGGACCCGCUAAAACUGAUUUUAUUUCUGUAUAUGAACGAGCCAAGGCUGUGAAUAUUGAACAUUGAUUUGAAAUUUUUCGGAAUAUAAAAUUUUAAAUUAUGCAGAUGAAGUUAAUUUAAAAAGAAAAAUGUUUUGUUAUAACACGAUCGAUGAAAUUGCGAUACGAAAUAUGACGACUGAAUCAUUAGAGAUCGUUAAAUAUUUUUUAUUUUUAAUACUGUUUUCACGAGUGUAGAGUAGGUACUUCAUGAAAAUGAACUAGGAACUGAGAAUGUAAAAUAGAUUAAUCGUACACGUAUGGAUGUGUAUGUAUAUUUAUAUAUGUAUAUAUACACGUAUGUGUACAUAUACAUAUACGUAUGCAUAUAGCAAUAAACAUAUUUUUUUCAACCAGAGGUUUCGAACGCAAUCAAAACGCGUCGGAAUCAUUGAAAAAUUAAGUACUGGUUUGUAAUAUAUCGUUGAUGUAUAUAUACCGCGAAGUUAUUGUUAUAUAAUAAUAUUAUUAUUAAAAUGAAAUUGAAUGAAACCUAUUGUUAUUUUUACUUUAAUAACGAUCCUUUUUUUAAUGCAUAGUCUUUAUUCGUUUUUACAUAUGGUACAAUGGAAAUGUCGAGAAGUUAUUGGAACACUGUUUGAGAUGCAUCUUUUUCUGUACUUUCUUUUAACGAUAAAAGACCCUGCACCUUAACAGUUUAACAUUUUGACACUUUUAUUAAACUUUCAGACCAUUUUACAACGUUUUAACGUUUAAAAUAACAUCUACUUUUAUGUAACGUCUGCAUUCGUCGCUUAACACGUUUACAUAAUACACUAUUAUAAUACAAUAUUUAAUACUCUUUAAUCGAAGUUCCGUUCUUUGUAAAAAGCUACCAUAUCAUCCCAUACCACAACAAAAA